UCCUUUGCCAGGUUCUCCAGUGAAUGCCUUCAUCAUGAUGACUUCACGGUUUGUUGCAGGGGCUUCCCUCUUUGCGAUGCUGAUUGUGAGCAUGUGCUUCCUUCCUGUUCAGCAAGGCUCUUAUCCUGGGCACUAUGGUGGAAGUAAACCCAACACGGCUCCUAAUGUUGGCUUGUACCGGCAAGGGCCCUCUGAAGUUUCCAGUCAACCAGAAAACGUGAGUCCUCCUGGAUCAUUUUACCAGGCAGGGGAGUUGUCCACUUAUUCCCAAAUCUUAGAGCAGGGUAACUCUGAGCAGGAGACGGAGGACCUAGUGCCUCCUCCAGGACCUUUUCCUCCAGGACCUUUUCCUCUAGGACCUUCUCAACCUCCACCUCCUAGGUCAGAGUCUGCGGGACAAGGAUAUGCUAGACCAAGCUUAACCAGCGAACCUCGACCAGAAGCCAACACGGGUGGAGUUGAGGUCCCUUAUCGGUUCUACGACUUCUUCUUCCUGAACGGACAGUACCCCCAAGGCACAGUCAGUUUUUCCAGCGACAACUACGAGCAAGGAAGAGACAGCUUUCAAGAUGUUCACUAUCUGAGCGACUAUUUUCCCAAUAACCCUGCACCCGUACAGGGGAGCCAGGCCGCUGCUGCUGCACCCGUCCAGAACUUUUACGCACCCAGGAUACCUGUGAAGAGUCCUUUGAUGGCUGGUUCUGGACGGGAUGGUGCAAAGGCUGCUUCCCGUAGAGGCUUCAGGCAGCCAAUCCGCAACCAGGCCCCUGGCUACAACUUUGGUUAUGGUGGAUACUAGUGACGUGGAUGUCUACAGCAUGAACAAAGAUAUCUGCUAAAUAAAUAUUUUUUAAAUUA